AUGCAUGGAAAUCGAGAAAUCAAGCAAAACAACAACACAACGAGCACCAAAUGCAAAUGUACGAUUAUUGCACCACAAGUCAAUCCAACCCUAACAAUGGAGAGAUAUUUCAAAGUACCAUUCUCACGUCCUGCUGAUAUCUACAAGAAUAACAACAAUGGAUUAAUUACUGAUAGCCGAGUAAUACAACAAGGUUUGUGGUAUGCGCACUUCAAUGGACAAUGGAUCCAACGACAGAUCGAAAUGCAUCCGAAUAAGACUCCCAUCCUACUCGUUGCUGGCCGAGACGACCUGCACAUGUGCGAAAUCCUGCUUGAUCAAACUGGACUAACCUGUAAGAAGGGUGCCGAAAUUCUCGAAUCCGAGUUUGAGACCGUUUGGCUUCAUCUCGGCGGUGCACCUACUCAGAAAUGGAGGCCGUAG